AUGGCGUUUCAGUUAUCCAAACUUACAGCACCCCGCUGCCUAAAAGUCUCCCACACUAUUAUUAAAAACUACUGGAGGGGCGAGGGGCCUCUGAAUACCGCCAGCCUUUUGAAUUCCUCCCGGCGGGGUAUAAACACGGUGCAGCGGCUGGAGAAGUGUUCAGCUUCCUCCACCGCUUCCAAGUCAGUCGAGUGGCCGAGCUUCAGGCCCUGGAAGCGGGGUGGGAAGUUCUCCCGCCCGGCCCUGGUCCUUUUCGGGCUCUCCGCCGCUGCCGUUGCCUCCUCCUCUGUCCACUCCAGCGCCCUGUGCGCCAUGGCCUCCCACUCAGAGCUGCACUCGGAGGACUCUGACUGGAAGAAGGUGAAAAAGGAGCUCCUGUCCAUGAGCCUGGAAGAAAGGAGAAAGAAAUACAAGAACUACAUAUCCCUGGACGAUAUCCCAAUCUGGAGUCACUCAGAUGCUUCUUCUCCUGAUGAGACACAUGAGAUAAAUAAGAAGAUCUCUCUCUUCAGAGGUGACAUCACCAAACUGGAGAUAGAUGCGAUUGCCAAUGCAGGUAAGGAUAAUGCGCAUAAGUUUUGGGGUGGUACAUUUUUCAUGUACACUUAUUUACUUGUCCAUUUAUUUAAAAAUGAACGGGGGGGGGGAAAAAGGGUGAAGAAUAUGAGCUCUACUUCCAUCAGGCUGGUGAAUUAUACUAAAACAGUGUUUUGUGACGUAUGUUGGCACAUUACUUAGUAUAAGGGAGUCAUAUUUCAUUUACUGUUAAAAGCGUAUGUAAACGUUUUUCUAGCUUUACCUGCUUAAAAAUACAUACUGUGUCCUUUAGAAUAAUUUGAUCAUUGCUGAGUGUGGGCAAAAUUGGUAUGGAACAUUUUAGUUUCUGCACAUUAGGCAUAAAAUGUCUUAAAUCCAUCUCCCAACAAAAAAAAGG